AUGCCGAUAUUUGGACGACGCCAUUCUAAGAAGGGCUCCAAAGACGCAUCACAACAACGCGACCCGCCGUCUUCGAGCCGCAAAGAAGGCAAGGAAUCGAAGGAUCCAAAGGAGGUGAGAGUGGUAAAAGAGUCGCCGUCGUCCAAACACCAGCGCACGAAGACCGCGCCCGACACACCGACUCUGUUGCGCCUGCCGUCUGCGAGCUCGACGGUCUCUGCAGCCCAACGAUCACGACGCGCCUCGAACCCCUCGACGCCGACGGCACCCACGCCGCACUCGACGUCUUCGGCCACUCCAGCAUCGUAUUUUGCACCCCAGACGGCCGCAUCUGGCGCAGAGCCCCGCUCACCGGCCACCAGACGACCACCAGCAUCAUUCAGCGCGGGCCAUGAUACCUCCCGCGGCCCGCCCGUGACGCUGAUUACUCGCGGCAAUUCGGAUUACGCGCGCAGGACGUCGCAGAAGCCCGCCGACUUUGCCUACGCCCAGCAGCAGUUCCAGUCGUUGGGGCUGGUCUCGCCUGGCGGUUCGCAGUCCUCCAGUCGGCGCCCAAGAGACGACGCAGAGAAUCUCAGCGACUCCACCCCGCAACCACCACAGCAACAACAACAAACACACGCCCCGGCCCAGCCCAAGCCCGACGCGACCGCCACGACCGCCACGACCGCCACGGGCACUGCCCGCACCACACAGCCCAUGGCCAGCUCCAUUGACGACUCGUCCUCGUCCUCGUCCGAGUCGGACUCGGGCUCGCCCAGCAACUACGAGGACCGCCGCCGCCCUGCGCAGAACGGGCGCAGGGCCACGGACACCUCAGGCACCGAUGGCGAGCAGAAUGAGGACCUGUUCCUGAACAUUGCCGAAGACGUUGCGCCGCCCAAGCAGCGCCAGCAUGUCGACUCGGCGCGCCACGAGAAGCUGCGCUCCCGCAUCGCCCGCGUGAACCGCAUGUCCUCGCCAUCAGCGCUGCAGUCUCCGUCGCCCGGGCCUUCCACCUCUACCGCACCCACCGUCACCCGCAUAUCCUCGACCACCGAAUCACGGUCCAACGUUCAGCCGCGCCGCUCGUCGCUCCUUCCCAGCGCGUCCCGAACGCAGCAGGAGCGCCCUCCCCAGUCCCCAGGCACGCCGCUCGAAUCACCGCGAACCCGCCCGCCCGAGCUAAAUAGCAAGGCAUCCUUCUCUUCGCGAAGAGACUCGGAUCUGUCGCCCCGUGACUUCCUUGCGCAGCUUGGCAACAAACGGCGAGGCUCACAACCAGAAGCAGUGCACACUCCACCGAGCAGGACCGGCACCUACCGCCCAUCGAACCUAGGCCACUACUCUUCUUCGCGAGAUGAUGCUAGGGCGCCACAGGUCGAGCCUGUGCAGCGCGAGCCCUCGUCUCAUGCCGACGGGACCGAGUCGCAUGGCUCCACCGGGCCAGCUGUAUCUGUCUGGGACGAGCUGGACGAGCUGAAGAGCCGCAUUAGGCGCAUUGAGAUGGGCGGCAAGAUCCCUUCGACUUCGGGAGCCAUCGUAUCCGUGCAGAUCAAUGGUGACUCUCCGACCGUUCGACAAAGCAUCGAGCCCGAGAGUAACACCAUGUCGAAUGUCAGUCCUAGCCGAGCAAUGCAUCGGAUUGAGGCCCGCAGGACAAGCAUGCUGUACAAUGGCAAUGGCAUACCGCGAGAAUCAAGUCAAGAUUUCGAUCACGAGAGGCAGUUUUCCUCGCGGCUCUCACGUGCUGGUACAAGCCUCCACCGGAAUCGUAGUAGUGUGGAUGACGACGACGAAGAUCCUAUUAUGAGAGCACCAUCUCGUGCAAUGACCGACUUCAGAUCUCUGCGACCAACAGAGAAGAGCAGACUUGCUGCUCGACAAUACACGUCCCGUGAGCCACUGCCAGAGCUACAGUCACCGCCUUCGUUACAGUCUUCCUCGAGCCUCCGACGGCCCACAGCCACCCAGAACGAGAACAGUCUUCUCUUCCGAGACAACAGUCGACGCUACGACUUCCGCGAAAGCUCUCCAGCAUAUGAGAAGCAAGUAGCAAGCACACUGCGUGCACGUACCCAGCUCGCGGUCAACCGAAACCCGAACAAUCGCAACUCGAUCGGCGGAGUAUCCGACCUGACCAAUAGGAACGUCACCUUGGGCAGGAGGCAGAGAGGAAACAGCACUGGCGAGUGA